UCUUAAUAAUUAUUGGACAUAAAUUUGUAAUUUCAUAGAAAUGGGCGGCCUUCUAGAAGCGAUCGAAGUCGAAAUUUCUUCGGAUUAGGCGGCUGCAAAAAGCAAUUCAAUCCAAAAGAUCCAUUUCGCCACCAACUCUUCUGAUUCCGGCCACCAUUUUAAAGCCCUACCCACCACCGAUUUCCCAUCUCUCCGAUCGAUUCUCCAACCCCAUCGCAAGUUCUUGAUCGUCUUGUUUUCUCUCCGAUGGAUACGUUAGAGGAGGAGGAAGAAUACAACUGGAGAGAAGUCCGGCUUCCGUCGCUGAUCCCGGUAGUGCCGGAGCCAGAGCUAGAGAGAGAGACGGCGGUGAGACGUCGUGGCCGAGACAUUCUCGUUGCCGUCGAUCAUGGUCCCAACAGCAAACACGCUUUCGAUUGGGCUUUAAUCCAUUUCUGCCGCCUUGCCGACACCAUCCAUCUCGUCCACGCCGUUUCCAAUGUGAAGAAUGAAUUGGUUUAUGAGUAUAGUCAGGGGCUGAUGGAGAAGCUUGCGGUGGAGGCCUUUGAGGUUGCCAUGGUGAGGACUGUGGCAAGGAUUGUGCAGGGAGAUGCUGGGAAGAUUAUUUGUAAGGAAGCAGAGAAGUUGAAGCCUGCUGCUGUUGUUAUGGGCACUAGAGGAAGAAGCUUGAUUCAAAGCGUUCUGCAGGGAAGUGUGAGUGAGCAUGUCUUCCACAACUGCAAAUCAGCACCUGUUAUUAUAGUUCCUGGAAAAGAAGCUGGAGAAGCAUCUGUGAUUUGAAUGCCAACUUCAUCAUUUCAUUCUCAAUCUCUGUGUUCUUUUUUGGUUUUAGCAUUAAAGUUUUAGGGUUGUAAGAAUAUGAUUAAUGUAUCUGUCUAUCGUGUUCGUGUUCGUGUUCUUGUU